GCACGCUUCUCACACCCACGGACACCCAAACAAAACAAAUCGCAGCACCGCUGAAUCACUUUGAAGCUAAACAUUUUCCGAGGAAAGUUUCUCAAAAUUUACAUAACAUGACGGCGCUUGUAAAGCCACCAACAGCUUCACUAACUGCUCACAGAAUUAAAUAACUCUCAACAUGUCAGAUGAAACGGGUUCUACAGAAGUUGUACAGUUCUGUCAAAUUAUUAGUAUUUUAUUUUUUCACCAACAGGACAUCCGGUUAGUGUUGUCUAACUUUACUGCAGACUAUACAUAGUGUGAUACAGUGAAUUGUAGUGUGAGGGUGAUCACAGCCUCAUCAUCUGUCUGCUGGACAUCAUCUCAUCACUUGUUGGAGGACAGAAACUGGAAUAACGCAGCGGAUCAUGUUUUUAGUGUUUGUGUGUGUUGGGACUUUUCCUGCUGUGAUCUCAGGUCCAGGUGUCGAAGUGGUGGUGGAAGAAGACAGUGAUGCAGUUUUACCCUGUUCCCUCAGCACCGAGGAGAGCAGCACAGCACAGGUCUUUGACUGGAGGAAAGAUGAGAGUCAGAAGGAGGUGUUCUUUUAUGAUUCAGGCAUUCAUUACAAUAACGGCCGCAUAGGUCAAGAUGAGCAGUUCAGAGGUCGAGUCUCUCAUUAUGAAGACCAGCUGAUGAACGGUAACGCCUCCAUAAAGAUCCACAACACGAAGGUGGCUGACAGCGGGAUCUACCGCUGCAUUUUCCCAAAACUGGACCCGAUACAAACCUUCUACGUUGAGCUUGUUGUUGAACGGCUCCUGAGAGAUCGAUCAGGAGAAAUCCCAGGUGCAUCAAAGCCCUCCAUCACAGUACUUGAUGCCACAAAGGACUGGUCGCUGCUGCAGUGUGAAGUUCACGGAGCUUCUCCAGAACCUAAAGUCCAGUUGCAGGACGGCUCUGGAAACAUCCUUCCUGCUGAGGAGAGAAGAGGCCGUUACUACGUUACCCUCAACAUCACUGUGACCAAGACUGACCGCUACCUCUGUGUGCUCACUCAGGAGGAAAUCAGCCAUCAGAGUCGUGCUGAGACCUUCGUGUUCAUCAGUGGUGCUGGAAACACGACUGACAGGAACGUUGGUGUUGGCAUCGGUGUUGUUGUUGUUGUUGUUGUUGUUGUUGUUGUUGUUGUUGUUGUCGUCCUGGUGAAACUCAGACAGAUCAAGAAGAAGAAGAAGCUGAGUGGACCGACGGGACCAGAAGCAGAGCAGAACUCUAACGGUCUUGAAAUGGGAACCCUGAUGACUCCAGAGACCAACAACUCACACAGCACUGCACAAAAUGGACUGAUGACGCUCACAACAGUCUCAGAGCUUGAAGACAUGUGUUGAUGAACUGGAACCUUUUUACUGCUGCUGUUUGUUUUCUAACAGUUGUAAAUCCUCUUUACCAGGCCGGACAGUUAUUCUUCCAGCGAGGCCUCGUUAGCGACUGAGGGACACCGUGUCUCUGAUUUAAUUAUUUUAAAUCAUGCAGGAGUCUUUAAA